CCGCGUGACGAAACCUUUAUAAGGUGACCCGGUAUUCAAUCGUCAUUCUUUUUCAUCCUGCCCUCAUUACAAGCGGCCUGGUGAGGAAAAGCCUUCAAGCUCAAAUUUGACAGCUUUUACGUCGAAAUAAAAAACAGUGCAAUCAUGCGUGAAGUAAUCUCAAUCAAUGUCGGUCAAGCCGGUGUCCAGAUGGGCAAUGCCUGCUGGGAGUUGUACUGCUUGGAGCACGGUAUCCAGCCUGAUGGUCAGAUGCCAAGUGACAAGACCAUCGGAGGUGGUGACGAUUCCUUCAACACCUUUUUCAGUGAGACUGGUGCUGGUAAACAUGUACCGCGUGGCGUGUUUGUUGAUCUGGAACCAAGUGUUAUUGAUGAGGUCAGAACUGGUACCUACCGUCAACUUUUCCAUCCCGAGCAAUUGAUCACCGGUAAAGAGGACGCUGCUAACAACUACGCCCGAGGUCACUACACCGUCGGUAAAGAACUCAUCGACAUGGUUCUUGACAGAAUACGUAAAUUGGCAGAUCAGUGCACCGGUCUUCAGGGAUUCCUGAUCUUUCACAGCUUUGGAGGUGGAACUGGAUCUGGCUUCACUUCACUCCUCAUGGAACGUCUGUCUGUUGACUAUGGCAAAAAAUCCAAGUUAGAAUUCGCAAUUUACCCAGCCCCUCAGAUUGCAACUGCAGUCGUCGAGCCAUACAACUCUAUUUUGACAACUCAUACAACCCUUGAGCACUCGGACUGUGCAUUUAUGGUCGACAACGAAGCCAUUUACGACAUUUGCCGACGUAACCUCGACAUCGAAAGACCAACUUACACCAACUUGAACCGAUUGAUUGGUCAGAUCGUAUCCUCAAUCACCGCAUCUCUUCGAUUCGAUGGUGCAUUGAAUGUGGACUUGACAGAGUUCCAGACCAACUUGGUACCAUACCCACGUAUCCACUUCCCUCUCGCCACCUAUGCCCCAGUAAUCUCAGCCGAAAAAGCUUACCACGAACAGCUUACUGUCGCAGAGAUCACCAACGCUUGCUUCGAGCCUGCCAACCAGAUGGUGAAAUGUGAUCCACGUCAUGGCAAAUACAUGGCUUGUUGUCUGUUGUACCGUGGUGACGUUGUGCCAAAGGAUGUCAAUGCAGCCAUCGCUACCAUUAAGACGAAGAGAACCAUCCAGUUCGUCGACUGGUGUCCAACUGGAUUCAAGGUCGGCAUCAACUACCAACCGCCAACCGUGGUGCCAGGAGGUGACUUGGCCAAGGUACAGCGUGCCGUGUGUAUGCUGAGCAACACCACAGCCAUCGCCGAGGCAUGGGCUCGUCUUGAUCACAAAUUCGAUCUGAUGUACGCCAAGCGUGCUUUCGUACACUGGUACGUGGGUGAGGGCAUGGAGGAAGGAGAGUUCUCUGAGGCUCGUGAAGAUUUGGCAGCUCUGGAGAAGGACUAUGAAGAGGUUGGCGUUGACUCACUGGAUGGAGAAGAGGAGGAGGAGGGCGAGGAAUAUUAGAAAUGGAAGUUGCAAAACAAGACAUUCAUAUAUUUUAAAUGGCAAUGCUACUAAUACUAGACUGGUUUAUAGUAAAUAUUUUACCUGGUGUUUUACCUUUAUUUCUGACAAAUAAAUACAACAAUUUCUAAAACAAACUGCUUUUAUAUAACCAAAAGAACAAGUGCACCCACAUUUUUCAAGGACUGGCCUAACUGUCGUUUGAGAAAUUCAUUGUUUAAAUUAAUGAGGAACUUUCGACUAUGCUUUUCUAGAGGUGGUUAAAAUCAAUAAUGAUUAUAAUAAUAUUAUAGUACACAUCCUGAAUUUCCAACGAGCUUGUAUUCUGUACAAUAAUGGUGACGUAUUAAAAAAAAAAACAACGAUA